UUACUGGCUGUCAUGUGUUUCUGAAUAUAAAAACUUCAAAAAUAGUUUUCACAACUUAUACGUUUUUUAAAGAUUUUUAAAAACCUAGAAAUGCCAUCAAAUCCAAAAAAAUCAAAGAUGACGGACAAGUCCAGUGUUUGCGGAGAAUCUGAUUUAUAUUACAUUACUCCACGUAGUGUGAGUUUAUCUUUAUUACUGCAAGGAGAAUCUCCAGGGCCUGGAGAAUGGGCAUUUUUGGUAAUAUUUAACGGUCAAGUUAUACUAGACGGAAAGUGGCAAAAUGGAGCACGAAUCAGUUCAGAAGCAUUGCCUAUGAAUCUCAAAGAAACUUAUUUUCAAGUUUUGUUAGCAGAUAAGCCGUUGAUAUUUAUUUUGCGCAUUAUUGGAGGAAAAGGUGCUAAGGAUCCUGAUCCAUUACUGAACUUGGACAAUCGAGCUGGAGCUACAGUAGAUUUGUUCCCCUUGGUACUAGGAGAAGAAGAAAUAUUUAUUAAUGUACCAAUUUUAUUAAUUAACACUGGAGAGCCUUGUGGAUGUUGUGUAGAAGUUCGGGCUGAAUCAUGUGGCAUUACGGAAAUAAAAAAGAUCCCUUUGACAAUGACGAUGCUUUCUGCGCAUUGCUUACCUUAUACUAAGGACGGAACUGUAUAUCUAUCAGCUGUAGGUUUAGACAAAGUACUAGAUCGUGCAGCUGUUGAUUUUAGCACAUCUAUAAGUUUUCCGCAAGCUGAGAAAAUUGUUUGGGCGUCUGUCAGUAAUGCGGGGCAGGCAGCAAAUUCACAUUACAAUGUCCCUCACGAUGAUAAAUUCAUUCCAGAAGACUUUGAACCUAAGGAUAAUGAAAUGUGCCGUUCAUUUUAUUGGAAUUCCAUGAGAAGAGUUUUGGUCGACCCUACAUUACUAAGAAAUAGACUUUCUACUCCACUUUUAAUAGAAGUAGCAGGGGUUCCUAGAUUUGGUAAGAUUGAUGUAAGAGGACGUUAUAUGGGAUGGAUUGACGCUGGUGUACUAUUAGAAGCAGGGCAAUACAGUGUUACGACUUGCACGAAAUUACUAUUCUUUAAUGAAGCUGAUUUACCUGAAAACGUUAAUCCUUUAUUGGAACUUCCCCCUACUAGCGCGAAAGCCAGCGCUCGUGAGAGCGAUAUGAUAUUUGAUGAAUAUGGUCAUAACGCGUACAUUGUCAUGAAAUUUGAUUUGUCAGAACCUUUGGUACCUAAACAAAAAAUGUCAUUUCUUUUUGACACGUUAGGAUUUUCUCCUCCUGAAGGUAUUGCGACACCUCUUGACGGUUUAGAAGGAAUAGCGCCACCAGAGGAUCUUUCUAUUGAUGUGAGACGCAUCAGGAAGGAAGGGGGAGCAUUGGCUGUACAUAAGGAACUCGGUGGGCUGGCUUGUAGAGGCGCAGUACCAAUGAAUCAGGGAAUUAAACGCACAGCUGCUAACCGUUUAUUGAUGCGAAUAAGAUCUAUGUUGAAGCAGUUUCCUCCCGGUGACUGUUCAGAAAUAGAGUGGCAGGAUACAGUGACUGCACAACACGCCGCAUGCAGACGAGCAGUAACUUCUUCAUUUGCUCCACAACCUCCUCCGGUACGCCAAACGACACCAUCAGCUGCAGCAAGAUGUCGUAUAGCAGGAGACAAUAGACUAGCUGCAAUACAUACAGAAGAAAAUCUUAAAGCAGCUGGGGAUCAACCUCGCGUAUUACUUUCAAAAGCAUUACGUUGCCUGGAAGAAAGAAAUGACAUAGAUGCUAAAAAUUACAUGCUCGAAGCUUUAAGUGCUCAAGCAAGGAACAAAUUUGUAUUGUGGGCUUAUGGAGCACAAGAAUUUGAUGCAGGUCCCGAAGGUGCCGAAACAACUUCUGCAGCAUUUCGUAUUGCUGUGAAGGGUGAUUAUUCUGAUGGGACUGGCAACGCAAUUGGUUGGGCAGCUUUGCACGCUCUAUACCACCAUUGGGACAACGCGCAUGCAGCUUUUGUAUCAUCUAAGAAAAUGAGAAAAUCAUAUGAACUUCCAAGAGAUUGGCACAAGUUUUUACAACGUUGGAUUGAUACAAGUGGGGAGGAAGAGGUGUUCUGGAUUCCGUCAGUAAUUGCUUUUGAUAACCCUAUGUUGAUAACAGCAGCAUUCUUUCUUUGCCUUCGGUGUUAUAAAUUCGUGGACAGAAUUCUCCAGUGUGUAGAACAAGGCUGCGCAACUCGGGGUUGUCGUCACGGCACACAGCUAAAAAUGACCUCCGAUAUUUAUUAUUUGAAAGCGGCUUCUUUUCUCUUAAAACGACAAUAUGAUGAGGCUAUGAAUAUUACUAUACAAGGAAUAAAGAAUUUCGGUCCUUCGCCCAUGAUGUCGCAAAUGCGUACAAGUUGCCUAAUGAGUGCUCGGGGCUGGGACGGCGAGUGUGCAUUCGCACUGAAAGAAGCUGAGAAAGCUGGGGCUUUAGUUACUCCCGCGAUACUAUUGCAAGCAGCUCUCAAUGGCUUUAAGAAGAAUCCGAGAGCGGCUUUGCAACGAGCGGCUCGCGCACAUAAAGCUGCACCGAGUGGACAUUCAGCGCUCAUAAUUGCCCGAAUCUAUGCAAGAUUGAACGAAGAAGUAUUGGCAGAACGUUGGGCAGCAGCUGCUGUCAAGUUAGAGCCUCAACUGUCCGACGGCUGGGCAGUAUUAGCUUUGCUAGCAAUGUAUGAGAAGAAUUUAGACAAAGCUAGAGUGAUGUUGCGUACAGCGAGGCAGGUCGGUCCUCUCAGUCAGGAUAUAGACGAAGAAGUGGGGAAAGUAAUGGAUGUAGUGCAAUUAGAAACUUUGCCAGACUCGUUGGUUAAGAAUAUCUGCUUCUGUGAAUAUUAUUGAGUUUACUUUGCAAAGGUACUUUAUUUAAUAUUGGAGCUAAUAUUACAUAAUUACUUUAAAGCAGUUACGCUUCAAACUUGUUUUAUGUAGCUGGUGGGGAAGUGCAAUAACACAAUGUGGCCGAAAGUUUACAGUU